AUGGAUCCGCGACCCCGCGAAAGUUUUCGCGCAGCCAAUUCGCGCUCCCCUUCCACUAUCGUAGCGCAAGACGCCCGUCUACAUUUACCCGCAACAACAGACCCGCCAGGACCUCAAAAUCCUCCCAAGCAGCUAGUAUGGCUGAUAUUUGGUGCAACAGGCCACAUGGGCCGCUCGCUAGUCAAAUGCACACUAGCCCACGGGGACCUCGUUGCCGCCGUCGGACGCACAUUUGAGAGCUCCCCAGCAAGCAUGGAAGCCCUCCAUUCCGAGAAUAGGAACUGCAUCGGCCUCCUCUGUGACGUGCGGGCCCGCGAAACCGUCCGCGCCGCGAUCGACAAAACCAUCGAACACUUUGGCCGCAUCGACUGCAUUGUCAACUGCUCCGGCUACGGCGUCGUGGGCGCCUGCGAGGAUCAGGAUGAAUACGACAUCCGAAACCAGUUCGAGACCAAUUUCACCGGCACGUUGAAUAUCAUACAACUCUCUCUAGCGUAUUUCCGACAGCGGCGUGCGGGGAGGUAUUUGAUAUUCAGCUCCACGUCGGGAUCGCUUGGCGUACCGGGGCUGGGACCGUAUUGCGCGACCAAAUAUGCUGUGGAGGGGCUUAUUGAGAGUAUGCUCUAUGAGAUUGAUCCGUUUAAUAUUAAAUGCACGCUGGUGGAGCCGGGACACAUGCGUCGAGACGAUUUUGAUCCCUCCGAAUCUCCCCCGGGCUCCAUUGCACCGGACUUAUCGCACUCCUCCCCACUCCCAUUGUUCGGGCACUUUCUUAUAAAGCCAGCAAGCGACCCGUAUAGCUCAGCGACGGCUCCCGCGUCCCAUGCUAGACGGAUCAUCCAGUGGAUGGGGGAUAAGCAGCCUAUAAGCGCGGUAAAAGCCGCUGAACUGGUUUGGCAACUUGCUCAUUGCUCAUUUCCGCCAUUACGUCUCCUUCUUGGCAGCUACGCUGUGGAGAGUAUUAGGGAUAGGCUGAAAUGCAUCACUGAGGAGAUUGAGGAUUGGAAGCAUUUGAAUUUCCCGCUUCCUGAUGGUGAUGCACAGCAGCAACAUUCUACCAAUUCGAAGGAGGAAGCUGCGGGUACUAAUGAUAUUAACCUGAAAACUGAAGGAGAGGAUAACCUGAUGUCGCAUGACGUGCCAAUGAUGGAAUGA